AGCAAUGAGCUUUCAUUGUAAGGCUCACACUGCUGGUUUAAAAUGAUGCCCAAAUAAGGUUUGAAGGGAGGCCAUUUAAAGUAGGAGAUAACACGUGUGUGGCCAUUUGCUUCUGGACCCCGAGGUCAGGAAAGAGCUGUGCAAUGAUGGGUGAUCCAAUCCUGUUAAAAGAUGAGGGAAACAAACACUUUCAGGCUGGAGACAUUGAUAAGGCCAUAGAGUGCUACACCAACGCCCUGAAGGAGUGCACAGACAAAAAAGUGAAGGCUGUGAUUUACAGGAACAGAUGCGCAUGCUAUCUGAAAAAGGAAAGUUAUACCAAUGCAGUAUCGGAUGCAUCGAAAGCAAUUGAUGUGGAUUCAUCUGAUAUCAAAGCAUUGUACCGCCGCUGCCAAGCUUUAGAGAAACUGGGAAAACUGGACAUGGCUUUCAAAGAUGUGCAGCGAUGUGCCACCAUUGAACCAAAGAACAAGACCUUCCUGGAGACUCUCCGUAGACUGGGAGCAGAAAUCCAGGCCAAGCUCAAGACAACAUUUUCCACAGAUUCGAGAGUUCAGGACAUGUUUGACAUCCUGCUGGAUGAGGAAAUGGACAAAGAAAAAAAGGAAAAAGCAGCCAACAACUUGAUUGUGUUGUCAAGAGAAGAUGCAGGAGCAGAGAGAAUCUUCCAGAACAAUGGGGUGGCUCUGCUGCUGAACAUGGUGGAGACCGGGAAACCAGAAAUGAUCCUCGCUGCCGUCCGAGCUCUCUCAGGAAUGUGCACUGGACACAAAGCUCGGGCGAUGGCCAUUGUCAAUAUGAUGGGAGUUGAUAAGAUCUGCAGCAUCAUGGCGCUGGACAAUGAAGAAAUUGCAUUGGCAACAUGCAACCUCUUCCAGUGCAUCAAUGACUCUCUCACUGGUGGAGACACAAGGGAUUAUGGGAAGGAAGCAUCUUUAGUUUUGGAUGCAGCUAAAGAAUUGAAAACCAUUCUCCUUGCCCUCCUGGAGAUGAUAGCCAAUAAGAAGGUUUCAGGCCAUGGCAGAGACCAGGCGCUGAACCUUCUGACUAAGAAUGUCCCUCGCAAAGACAAGAAAGAGAAAGAUCACUCCAGGACCCUCUUCACUAUCGAUCACGGGCUGAAGAAGAUCCUAAAGGUCUGCGGUCAGGUUUCUGAGCUGCCGGAUCAGCUCCCUCUGACAGAGAACACACAGCUGAUCGCCAGCGUGCUUCUCAACAAGCUCUAUGACGAUCUGAAGUGUGAUCCAGAGAGAACCAACUUCAGGGAGAUUUGUGAUGAAUAUAUCAAAUCUAAAAUUGAUCCCAACAACAUGGACAAGACGCUUCAUGCCAUCAACACCAUCUCAGGACUGCUGCAGGGUCCCUUUGAUGUCGGCAACUCUCUGGUGGGACAGCAGGGCGUCAUGGAGAUGAUGGUGGCGCUGUGUGGCUCAGAACGGGAAGUGGACCAGAUGGUUGCAGUCGAGGCUCUGAUCCACGCUUCCACAAAGAUGAGCCGCGCCACCUUCUUCAUCACCAACGGCGUGUCGCUGCUCAAGGACAUCUACAAGAAGACCAAGAACGAGAGGAUUAAAAUCCGUGCCCUGGUGGGUCUCUGUAAACUGGGUUCAGCUGGAGGUGAUGAUUACGCCUUAAGGCAGUUUGCUGAGGGCUCCACAGAGAAGCUGGCCAAGCAAUGCAGAAAGUGGCUUUGUAACCCUCAGAUUGAUUCAAAAACAAGGAAGUGGGCUAUCGAGGGUCUUGCCUAUCUGACUAAUGAUGCAGAUGUUAAAGAUGACUUUGUGGAAGAUGAGCUUGCAAUGAAAGCCAUGUUUGAUCUGGCAAAGUCUAGGGAUAAGACAAUCUUAUAUGCAGUUGCUUGCACUCUGGUUAACUGCACCAACAGCUACGAUAAGAAAGAAAUCAUCCCAGAGCUGGUUCAGCUGGCCAAGUUCUCGAAACAGCAUGUUCCUGAGCAACACCCCAAGGACAAGAAAGACUUUAUUGAAAGGAGAGUAAAACGGCUGCUGAAAGCUGGAGUCACUUCCGCUCUUGCUGUUAUGGUCAAAGCAGAUAGCGCUAUCUUGACCGAUCAGACCAAGGAGAUGUUGGCAAGGGUUUUCUUGGCACUGGCAGAUGAUCCUAGAGAUCGUGGUACUAUAGUGGCCCAAGGAGGGGGGAAGGCCUUGAUACCUCUUGCUCUUGAGGGUACAGAAAAAGGAAAGGUGAAAGCAAGCUUUGCACUCGCCAAAAUAGCAGCUGUCUCCAACCCAGAGAUUGCCUUCCCUGGAGAGAGAGUGUAUGAAGUGAUACGUCCUCUAGUCAGCUUGUUGCAUACAGACAAAGAGGGAGCAGAGAACUAUGAGGCUCUCAGAGGUUUAACCAACUUGGCUGGAUUUAGUGAAAAGCUGAGGAUAAAACUGGUAAAAGAAAAAGCUCUGCCAGAGAUCGAGAACCACAUGUUUGAAGAGAAUGAAAAGAUCCAACUGGCUGCCACUGAAUGCAUGUGCAAUCUGGUAACAUGCAAAGAGGUUCAAGCUCGUUACCUUGAAGAUGGCAACGAUAAACUGAAGUUGCUGGUGCUGCUUUGCGGAGAAGAUGAUGAAAAACUUCAGAUAGCAGCAGCUGGAGGUUUGGCCAUGAUCACUGCUGCUGAGAAAAAGCUUUGUACUAAAAUGACCCGUGUGACAGUACAGUGGCUGGAGAUCCUGCAGAGGUUAUGUCUCCAUACCAACCCGAAUAUCCAGCACAGAGGUCUGGUGAUAGUCUACAACAUGCUCUGCUCCGAUGACAUGGAGCUGGCCAAAAAACUAAUCGAGAGUGAAAUGCUGGAAAUCCUUAGUGUGAUUGGAAAAGCAGAGGACAAUCCUAAGAGACAGGAUCCCAUCGACGUGGCACGCACAUGUCUGGUCAAGGCCAUGGAUCUCGGUCUGAUCAAACCCUUCUCUAGUCCUUCCUAAGCUGCUGAAAAUGGCCCAAAACCACAACAAAAGACAUUUUAUUUCCUAACUUAUUUCCUCUGUUAAAAACAGAAAUUUUAUUCAAAUAGACCUUAUCAAUCUGUGACUAGAUAUCAGAAAAACAACUGUAUUGUUUUUUAUUGAUUUUUUUUUUUCAGUGCAGCUUCUUUUCUUACACUUGUAUCUGUGUGUUUGGGGACAUUUCUGGCUCCUGUUUGUGCUGAUUUGUAACUGGUUUUUGUGUUUUUCUUUUUUUUAAAUUGAUUUGUUUAUUUCAAAUUUGACAUUGGAUUUGACUUAUAAUGCAGAUCAUUAAAAUAUAU